CAAGUCAUUAGCUUUACCAUUGGUUCCGUUUCACUCUCUUCAUUAACUAUAAUUCCGAAGUCUCCUUAGUCUUACUGCUCGAUUCCUGUCCUUCAUCAUCUGAGCAGAAUGCGUCUUUCACUCCAAAGCUUCGCCGUGGCCGUGGUCCUUCUGCAGUCCGCAGACGCCGCUCCCGCCGGUCUUCUUGACCCGGUCGGUGGCUUGACAACUCUACUCACCCUCCCCGUCAACUACGCUCAACGCCUGACCGGUAUUAUCGGGACGAAACCUUUGACGGGUGCCGGAGUUCUCAACCCGGCUGAUCUUCAGUCGAAGCUGGGGUCUAUUUGGAACACGGGUGGAGCUGGAAACUUCUUCGACAAGAUACAAAAGCAAAUUGGCCAGGGCAUCGUUCCAAGUGGCCUCCUUUCCAACUUUCAAGGGCUCCUCGGCACCGGCGCCUUGGGAAGUCUGGACCUUGCCAACAAGCUUGUUGUUCCCAUCAAUGCUAUCGAUUCUAUCAACAACAACAAUAUCCGGAACCCGGUCAAAUCUAUCUGGCCUCAAAAAGAUGCUGCCGAUGCCCCUUACUCACUCUCUGAGGCGCAGUUGCGACAGGCCAUCUUCAUUCCGCAGACCUUUACUUACGGCCAGAAACCGCCUGUCAUUUUCGUUCCCGGAACUGGUGUCUAUGGCGGAGAGGCUUUCAGCCCGAAUCUUCAGAAGCUUCUGUCGAACGUUCCCUACGCCGACCCAGUCUGGCUGAAUAUUCCCGGUGCUCUUCUUGGAGACGCCCAGACCAACUCAGAAUACGUUGCCUACGCUAUCAACUACAUCAACGGCAUCAGCAGCAAAAACUCUAGCGUCAUCUCCUGGUCCCAAGGCGGCGUCGACACCCAGUGGGCAUUCACGUUCUGGCCCUCAACUCGCGGCGUGGUCUCGAACUUCUUCCCUAUCUCACCUGAUUUCCACGGCACUAUUCUUGCCAAUGCUAUAUGCCUCGCUGGCGGUAAUGGUGCCGCCAACGCCCCCUGCGACCCCUCCGUCAUCCAACAGCAAUAUACAUCUGCCUUUGUCAAUACUCUCCGCGGUCGCGGUGGGUCGGAUGCCUAUGUGCCAACGACCACGCUCUACAGUGCCGUCCUGGAUGAGGUUGUUCAGCCCCAGGAAGGCGUAGAUGCCUCUGCCUAUCUCAAUGAUGCCCGUCGCGUCGGCGUCACCAAUAUCGAGGUCCAGUCUGUCUGUGCGGGUAGACCCGCCGGCGGCGUUUACGGCCAUGCCUCUAUGCUCUUCAACCCCUUGACGGCAGCGUUGAUCAAAGACGCUCUUCAGAGAGGACGGGGCCCAGCACAGGUCAGCAACAUCAACCUGGACGAUGUUUGUAAAGACGUCAUUGCACCCGGCCUUUCUCUUGAUGACGGUAUCGCUACUUCUGGAACAAUCGUCACUGCCGGGAUUCGCCUACUGGGAUAUCUUCCCAAGCUAGUCGCUGAGCCUGCUUUGAUGGCGUACGCCCGUGGCUAAGGCGCUUGUUCCCAAGAAUGAAGAUGGCAGGCUUUUAUAGUGGAGGUGCAGCUAUUUCUCUUCGUGGUUGAUGAUGUCUGAUGAUGUCUCGACGGACAUCUCGGCAUUUACAUAAACGUUCUCUGUUGGAAGGACUAUAGAUGAGGUUGAUGGAUCAACAAGACUGUUCUCUGGAGGCAUGAAUUCUCUAAGAUCUAGAUGUCAAGCUGGCAAGAACUAUAGCCAGUUCUUCUAGCUGCUGACUCAUGCGUGCGAAGCAUGCUGAAAUGUGUGACGACAAAAGCGGAUCCGUAAUUGCC